AGUAACGCUGUGAAUUUGACAGUGAUCAAACCAAUCAAACGUCUUCGAGAGUUGAGUUUGGUGCGAUAAUUUUGUUGUUACAAGAUACGAUAUACAAGCUUUCUUCCAAUAAUAAUAUCGGAUAACAUGGGUCGUCGUAAAAAUAGUGAGGAUUCCGGUUCGGAAUCGGGUUCAAGCGGUAGCCGCAGUCGCAGCGGCACUCCACAGGUAGCCCCUACACCAGGACAUUCACUCGAGCAUCAUGAUUCUCGUUCCAACUCGCCAUCAAAUCGCUCGCAAAACAGAAGCCGUUCAAAUUCCGCCGGUUCCCGCUCAAGAACACCGCAAUCAGCCAGAUCUGGUUCAGGCCAGCGUUCUCGCAGUGGUUCCCGUUCAGGAAAAUCUCGUUCACACAGCCCAGCUGGUUCACAACGAUCCCGCUCAGGUACACCAAAAUCUGGCGCUGGCUCACAGCGAUCGCGAUCUGGCUCAAACGCAUCUAGGCGAUCCGGCAGCCCCGCAGGAUCUCAAAGGUCAGCAAGAUCACGUUCACAAUCGCGCGUUUCCGAUGGAAGUGCUAAGUCGCGGUCACGCAGUGGCACCCCAGUAAACCGUUCGCAAAGUGGCAGUCCUGUCAGAUCUAAAACCGGUUCACAUUCCCGGUCACCAUCACCGGCCAAAUCACAAUCGAGUCGCAAAUCUCGCUCUCGGUCACGUAGGUCUGGUUCCCGUUCACCUUCACAUGCUAAGUCCCAUCGUUCUAAAUCUGGCUCAAGAUCUCGGUCAAGAAGUGUAGCUUCCCAAGCGUCGGGCGGACGCAGUCGAUCCGGUUCCACCGGAUCUGAGGCUGUCGAAAAACGAAAACGAACCAUUGUUUCCAGCGACUCAGGUUCGGAUAAUGAAAAGGUUCGUUCAAAAAAGAAGAACAAACUUAUAGAUUCUGAUUCGGACGAGGCCUCCGAUAAGGGUGGACAAGAAAAGACGAAAGACGGCGUAACUGCAGAUGCUCUGUUCGGUGACGCUAGCGACAUAAGUUCCGACGAGGCUUCGGAACGAGAACGCGAUGGUUUGGAUGACUUGGAAGAGGAACAGGCAAAAGCAAGUGACCGAGGACGAUCUCGUAGCAGAAGUAGAUCCCGAUCUAGAUCUAGAUCGCGAUCAAGAAGCCGUGAAAGCGAUCGACGAUCCUCGGAUGGGGAGCGAGGCGAAGGACUCGCUCGUUUCGAAGAACCUAAGGAACCAGAACCGGAACCGGAACCAAUUCCAGAAACUAGAAUCGAUGUUGAAAUCCCUCGGAUAGUCACAGAUGUUGGACGAGAUUUGCAUUUUGUGAAGCUUCCUAAUUUCCUUUCGGUUGAAACGCGUCCAUUCGAUGCGGAAACAUAUGAAGACGAAAUCGAUGAGGAAGAAACUCUUGAUGAGGAAGGUCGUCAGCGUCUGAAGUUAAAGGUGGGUAAUACAAUUCGUUGGCGGAACAAUAUUGACGACGAUGGAACUGCCCUUCGAGAAACGAAUGCUCGGUUGGUUCGCUGGUCUGAUGGAAGUAUGAGUCUUCAUCUAGGUUCAGAAAUUUUCGAUGUUUACAAACAGCCACUACAGGGGGAUCACAACCAUCUCUUCAUCCGGCAAGGUACCGGUCUGCAGGGACAAUCUGUUUUUCGUACCAAGUUAACCUUCAGACCGCAUUCGACGGAAUCGUUUACUCACAAGAAAAUGACGAUGUCGCUUGCUGAUCGAUCUACUAAAACAUCGGGCAUUAAAAUUCUCACCCAGGUUGGAUUUGAUCCGGAUGCAAACCGAAAACAGAAUAUCAAAAAAGAGGAGGAAAAGCUUCGAAUGGCUAUGCGAGCAAAGCCCACGCAAUCUAAACCAAGUGGCCGUAAAAGAGAUGCCGGAGCCAACGCUGGCAAUUCCUAUCAUCACGACGAAGGUUCUGACGAUGAAGGCGGUAUUUCAAUCGCCGCCAUCAAAAACAAAUACAAAGAUGAUCGAUCGAAGCCUAAGCAAGGUGCGGCUAUCUAUUCGUCCGAUGAGGAUGGUUCAGACUUAGACAUGGGUAGAAAGAAGAAAAAUGUCGACAAGAAGAAGGUUCUAAAAGCGCUUGGCGAUUCAGAUGAUAGCGAGGGAGGCUCGGAACAUACGGGUUCUGGUUCAGGAUCUGGAUCGGAACGUGGGUCGGGAUCUGGAUCAGAAGAUGGCUCUGGAAGUGAAAAAAGCGGUUGUAGCAAGCCGGCCGGUGAUGGAGGCGGUGAGGAUACUGAUGAAUAGUUUUCUCGUAUCAAUAUAAUCUAUUCCUAUGCCUAAUGACAUACUAAUAAAACAAUUAUUGGACAAA